CUUACAUCACGUCCCACCGCGUCGCCGCUGUCGCUACCUCAGGGCUAGCUCUUCUAGUGCUCUUCUACUUUUCCGAUUACUUGCAAGUGACCCGGACACUGUUCAGCCCGUCAUGAAUGUCGCACAACUGCAGCCACCUGCAUUGCCACAGGUAUCGGAGAGGAUUGCACGGGAUGCUGGGGAUAAUGACGCAGACUUUCUGGCUCUCCGGCUGCUGAACAAACGCGCACGCGUACGAGUGUCGCCCGAGCAACUUGAUCUCGACCCUCUUCCGGGUCAAGCAAGACUAUUUGCGAUCGCAAACUCUAUGGGAUGGUUUGCUGCCGUGACGCGAGACUCUGGUUCAAACUGGUAUCUCAUAUCUACGCAGCUUUCCCAGCUCCGGUCAACCUUUGCGUCGUCUUCACAGAGUGGCGAAAUCGACUUUGCGGCCCACACAAGGCAUCCGCUCCCCGGACCAACGAACUUCAUUACCUAUGCACACAACGAGUCGCGUAUGGUGGUUGUGCUUGCGGACGGCUCGAUCGCUGUAUAUGACGCACAAUCCUUGCUCAGUAGCUCAGCUGCUAAUCCCUUGUAUGUCUUUCCUGCUACUACGGGUGCUAGUUUCCGAAAACUAGUACCGAAUCCCGGGGGCAUUCCAGAGCUCGUGGCAGUACUCCGAGAUGUUGGAGAGCGAACCGACAUCCCUGUCGUCGAGGUGCUUGACAUUCACAACAUGCGAUCGGUGUGUGGCUGGCGAGGUGGUACGACGCCCAACACAAGGCCCACUGCAAUGUCAUGGUCUGCUAAGGGCAAGUUGAUUGCACUGGGCCUAGCAAGCGGGGAUAUCGAGGCAUUCAGCCCGACCGCACCCUCCGCGGUGAAAGCCGUGGUGCCCAAGGUGCAGGCUCUCAGCGAGGGGACCAUUAUUUCCACGACAUGGCUUUCGAACACCGAAUUCUACAGCGUUUAUACGCCGCCGGGCCCCCCGUCGCCGGAUGCCGAGCACACUCACUUUGUCACUCUCUUUGACCCCAAGACGAACUUUUCCGUGGAGGUCAAAGUCAACCCGCCAGCCCUACCGUUCCCCGGUCUACGUGCUCCGGGGCAGUUCAUUGUACUCUUCCGAUCAUGGGACUCGGCGCGGAUCCUUGCCUUCGUCGGCGACAGCGCUUCAUCCGACAUAGGCGUAUUGGGUGCCCUCGGCGAGAUCGGCACACCGCUGCAUAACCAUUGGACUAACUUGUCCCUGGAGGAGACGUCACAGCCGACGGUACCCUUGGACAAGGAUAUGAACGACACCGUUCUUGUCGGCAUGGACGUCGACCUCACUGGCAAGGAGCCAUAUCGUUACACUGCACCAUCGGGCGAAGAAUCUGACGUCCCAGCGCCGCCGGUAUUGUAUGCUUAUGCGAGCGAUGGUACGAUCGUCGGUUGGCAUGUAGUGAACACGAAGGGCGUCGCUUACCCCGGAAUGGUGACGCCGUCGGCGACGGCCUCUGCGAAUGGCGGGAUGGACGCAGAGCCAACGCCGACUAUUACACCUUUACCCGCGGUGCAAGCGCCGCCAAUGGAGAUUUCUACAUCUUUUGGAGCACCGUCGCCCGUCGCGGCUUCGCCGAUGGCUGCAACGCCAUCGGGAGGCGCAACAUCUUCUGGAUUCGGUUUCGGCGCCUUUGCAGGCGGCGCGGGGAGGUUCGGAUCAUCAAGCAUGGGCUUUGGUGAUCACGCUGCCAACGGGACACCGUCAGCACCAGCGUUAGCAUCGCCGAUGCCCUCGCAAAGGCCGCCUUCCCCUGAAGAGGAAACAAUGGACGCAGACAACGACGCAGGCGGGGGGUUUGGCGGACUUUCACUGGGUGGUGGAGGUGGCGGCGAUGAUGCGAGCAAGAACAAAGCAUCGUCUGUCUUCGGGUCGUUUAGUCAAGCUCCUGCGACUGGCAGUCCGCCGGCGUCCGCCUUCGGAGGUUCGUCUAGCGGUGCGUUCGGCAGCUUGAAACCUGCCACUGGAUUUGGUGCAUUUGGCAACCAGGGCACCUCGGCGUUCGGCGCACCCUCAGCGUUUUCGAGCUCGUCGACCGCGGCUCCCUCUGGCGGUGCGUUCGGCGCAUUAAAGCCAACCGCUGGCUUCGGCGCUUUCGCCAACCAGGGACCGUCUGCCUUCGGCUCGACGUCAGCGUUCUCUCGUGCGUCACCUACAGCCUCGUCUCCUCCAGCGCAGUCCGAUGCGAAAUCAACCCCUGCAUUCGGCACUUCUACCUUUGGACAACCUUCCACACCUCCUAAGAGUGCUUUCGGGCAGCCAUCCGCAGCGACGCAACCCGCAUUCGGCCAGGCGUCGUUCGGAAAGUCUGCAUUCGGCCAGCCUGCGUUCGGCCAACCAGCACUCGGUAGCUUCGGACAAUCGAGCUUCGGACAACCUGCGUCUAGCAGUGGCCAAUCUGCCAGCGCAUCAGGAGGAGGAUUCGGCGCAUUCGCACAAACAGGUCCGACGGGUUUUGGCGCAGCGCAGUCUAAGCCAGAUACGAAACCCGCAUGGGCAGUCAAGACUGACGGGGAGUCCGCAGAUACAAAGGAAGCACCGAAAGCGGAAGCUAAAUCACCACCAGCUACAGCGUUCGGACAGUCGAGCUUUGGUCAACCAGGGCCUGGGCAGUCUGGCUUUGCCCAGACGACAUCAGCCUUCGGUGCUGCCGCCACCAAGCCAGCUACGCCGCUCUCAGGUGGUUUCGGUGCGUUUGCUCAAGCGGGAUCAGGCGCUUUCGGGUCGACAACGUCCAAGCCUGACAUGAAGCCUGCCUGGGCAGCGAAACAAGCCGAUCAGCCUGCGAACCCCAUAGAAGAGACUAAGCCCGUGUUCACUCCUCCUACCCCACCUGCAGGUCCAACGACUCCGCCGCGCACUCCGCCUACGCCUGUAGAAUCUCCUCAGCAAUCACAGACACCACAGCCGUCUGAGGUUACUGCGUCAACUUCAACAACACCUCAGCCCUCUGCGACGCCCGUUUCGGGGGCAACAGCGGGGGCCUUUUCCCAAUUGAGAGCGUCUCCGUUUGGUUUUGGCAAGGUGGAUGCUGGGUUUGGCGCAUUUGGCGGCGGCCUGGCGGACACCUCAUCGCCAUUUUUCAAGGCAGUGGCAAAGACUCCGGAGACGCCGGCUAAAUCCGCAUUCGCUACAGGAGCAUCUGUCUUCAGCACUUCACCUCCGAGCGCUACUCUUGGUGCAAGCAAACCGACCUUUGGGACGACGUCGGCUAUUGGUGGGGGUCGAUCUGUGUUCGGUACGCCUAGUGCCUCGAGCCCCAAGGCGACAACAACGCCGACCACAACGCCGCCCUCAAGUGGGGGAUUUGCUGCGUUCAGCAAUAACAAGUCUCCAUUCGGCGCUGCCUCGAGCGGGGGCAAGUCCUUCAGUGAGAUGCUCCGCGACAAGACUGGCCAGGAGCUCAUACAGCCGGCUAAGCCUGCAAAGAGACCCGAUGACCAGAAACCCGUGUCUGUGUUUGCAAAGCUUUCGAACCCCUCUGAGAAGAAAGAGGAGAGUGAAGAAGAUUCGACAGAUUCUGACGAGUCGGAUGAGGACGAAGGCGCUGUCUUUCUAGUGGAAGGCGAACACGACGAUGAGGCUUCAUUCUUGUCGGACUCUGAGGGUGGCCACGAUGCUGAAGGAAGUGAGGAAGAUAACGAAUCAGAGGGGGUACGACGUGCAGAACUGGAAGGGGAAGAGGAGGAGGAAGACAGCGACGACGAGGAAGAGGACGACGAGGAGGAGGAGGAGGAAGAGGAAGAGGAAGAAGAACAAGCAGACGACGGCGCUGCAGAAAGCUCCUCGACCGCCAAGGCCACAGUGCCGAAGGCAGACAACGAGCCGAAAGAGUCGGCCCUUCUCGAUCGCAUUGGGCCAGCUGUUACGGAACGGAAGAGUGCACCAGCAGCAGUUCCUCGCAGAGAAGGGAGCACUACGCCUCCUGGUUCUCCGGUGAUAGUGAAGCGUACCUCUGCUCCGCCCGCGCCUUCUACAAGUCUUGCCCCGCCACCUGUCGUUGCUUCGUCUGGACCUUCUCUGAACUUGCCCAAGCCCUCAACCCGCCCCGCCCGUAGCUCACCACUAGCGAGCAAACCUAUCACCGGAGAUGAUGAUAGCUCUGAGAGUGGUCAAUCGCCUCCUGGCCGCCCGGUCGAAGACGCCACCGCCGCUAUCAGCCUUCAAGCCGGCGUCACUUCCAGCGACAUCACCCUUUUCCCUCGCGCCGCCAUCAACAGCACAGGCUACGGGACCGACAAUAGCGCCAGCUGCAACCGGCCAGAAACCGUUACCAUUUGCCCUGAAAGCGCCCGUUCCAUCGGCGACCCCGGCCCUAAAUGUACCGAGUUUAACCCCUCCUCAGCCCGUGAAGUUCAGUCUAAGCCCUGCUACAUCCGCUCCAAUAUCCAAGACAGCUGGGCCUACUCAAGCUGGUUCCGGUGUGCUCAAGCCCGGAGUAGCGAGCACUUCCACAGCCGCAGGAACACUCUCGCCCUCGUCUGGUCAGCCGAAUGCACCUAAAGUGCCCCCCGCCCGACCAGGAGCCAAAGCUCUCGUGCUCACCCCGCCGACGCCAACAGGUGCGCUCCCAGUCGUCAAAGACUUGCAGAGUGAAUGCGCGUUUCUGGUCAAGUAUCUGGAUGGGGAGUUCACCAGAUUAUUGCCUUUGACGCAACUGGCAGCUAAGCGGAGACUCGAGUUGUACAAGGCUGGUCUCAACCUAGCAAGUCUGGAUGAAGCGAACAACUGGCGCAUCAGUGACUUGCCCCGGCUUGAACAAUUGAUGUUCGCCGCAGAGAAGGACUUGGCGCAUGUGAAGGAACAACUACGGACGUAUAUCUCGGACAUACGGGAUACCGAGUCUCAG